CCCCUUAGCUGCAGACUCGGAAGCUGCGAGUGUGAAACCAGCUUCAUUCCGUCUGUUUGCUGGUGAGAUUAGCGUGACUCUGGUAAAACGUCGCUGCUCCUCAGAUAUGUCGACAAUAAGGUGAUUUAACUCUUCGUCCAUAAAAACAUGGACACACAGACAGCUGCUAAUGUUGAGAAUAGUCCAUGUUGAUUGUGAUCGUCACUUCGAUUGAAGAUCCUGACUGUAGCAUCGCUCUGAACUGUGCUAAGCUACAUGAGCUGAAAAACACUGUUGAUCACUUCUGGGGAAGGACUUUCUUUUUUGCUCAGGUUGAAUCCAACCGGUCUUUCCAAAGGUUUGUUGGGGAUCUAACAUGUCAGCCCAGGUUUAAGUCAUUUGCAGUCACAGCAGCUCACUGACGGCCGCAGACAUCGAGUGUAGCAUUCACUCCAGGCUCAGAGAUCCAGCAGCACCGACCAUGUCAACACAACCCUGGGCCAGUGCUCCCGGCUGCUGCGCUCCCAGCCCGGAGGACUUUCCACCGGCUCCCCGGGGUGUCGUCAGCCCCCCGAGCCUGGAGAAACUGUCCUGCGCAUCUUUUCUGAGCGCGGGUCAAGUUAUGCAGCCGGAUCCCAUCUCCUAUGUUACCCUCCAGGAGCAGCGGUGCGUCCUGAGCUGGUUCCAGGGAUGGACCAUCAGCCAGAAGGAGCGGUUCAUGCAGGACCUGCUUGGUAAAGCUGUGCCCGGAAAGGUGUGCACCCUCCUGGAUUCACUCAGCACUCUUCAGGUUAACGACAAACUACCAAACAUCUUUGAAUGCCAGCUGCGCCUGUGGACACAGUGGUUCGAGUCUUGGGGAGAAGAGGAAAGGAAUCACUUCCUGCACAUACUGGAGGAAAGAGAUCCAGUGUUUGUUUCCCACUUUUACAGCAGUGUGGCUGGUACAGCAGGAAGAGACUGAGUGAUGUCUACACUGUGACAGAAAUUAAGUGAAUGUUCAAACAAGAAGUGUUACAGAGGUGACAUAUCAGAUAUUUUGAUUUUCUUUUCCAAACAUUUUUUGGAUUGGACUUAUUGUUGAAGGUACACCAUUUCAUAUAAGGAACAGGAAUUAUAAUUCAAAGCAGUUUUUAUUUCGUCAGUGCAUAUUUCACUUACACAAUGAAAAUUGUAUAUUAAUUUCAGAACUUUUUGUUUAAUAGGUCACGUGCUGACAUUUAUUGACCAAGUGGUGGUAAUUUGAAGUAAAAAGAAAAAUCACAUCUGGGUGUAAGAAAAUUGACUUCCCAUUUUUUCCCUGUACCAAUUAAUUGAAACCCCUAGAAUAGCGUGAGACCAACCGUUUUUUUUACACACAUAAGAUUAAAUAAAUUGCAUUGUUGUA